AACUCUUCCAAAGUUUAGUCUUUGCCGUUUCCACACACGAAAAUAGUUCAACGACAAAAAACCCCUCUUCAUACUUUCAUUUCUAACCUCGUUUUUUUUUUUAAUUUGAAGAAGAAGCUGAAUUCAGUUUGCUGUCUGUUUUAUGAGAUAAAAAGUUGUGGACUUUAAAUAUGGGAGCGGGAGCUGGAGCUGAAGUUAUGGUACCAGUACAACAGACCAUCUCUGUCUUGGAUGUCCCCUGCUGUUCUGAUGUGGUUUCUAAUUCUCCAGAUACUACAAUUUUGCAAUUUGUUCCUAGCAUUCGCUCAGGUAGCUUUGCAGAUAUUGGCCUACGGAGGUUCAUGGAAGAUGAGCAUAUAAGGAUAGAUGAUCUUUCUGCACAUCAAGGCUCCCUCGUCAGGUUCCCUAAGCCUUGUGCCUUCUAUGGGGUGUUUGAUGGUCACGGAGGACCUGAGGCAGCAGCUUAUGUGAGGAAGCAUGUACUCCGAUUCCUUUUUGAGGAAACCAAUUUCCCUCAGACAUCAGAAGUUGAUGACACAUUUUUAAAAGAGGUGAAAAACUGUGUAAGAGAAGGGUUUCUUCUCGCUGACCUUGCUUUGGCUGAUGAGUGUAGUGUGAGUAGUUCUUCUGGAACUACUGCAUUGACAGCGCUGAUAGUGGGAAGGCUUUUAAUGGUGGCGAAUGUGGGAGACUGUCGUGCAGUCCUUUGCCACAAGGGAGAGGCAGUUAAUAUGUCUCAAGACCAUAGACCGAAUUAUGCAUCGGAGAGAAGGCGUGUUGAAGAGUUGGGUGGAUUUAUUGACGAUGGCUAUCUCAAUGGUGUCCUAUCAGUGACUAGGGCCUUAGGGGACUGGGACAUGAAGCUGCCUGGUGGCUCUGCCUCUCCUCUGAUUGCGGAGCCUGAAUUCCGACAGAUCAUCUUGACCGAGGAUGAUGAAUUCCUUAUAAUUGGUUGUGACGGGAUUUGGGAUGUUAUGUCAAGUCAACAAGCCGUUAAUCUUGUACGUCGUGGUCUGAGACGGCAUGAUGAUCCUGAACAGUGUGCCAAGGACCUUGUCAUGGAGGCCCUGCGUCUCAAUACCUUUGACAAUCUUACUGUGGUAAUCGUUUGCUUUACUUCCCUUGAUCAUCCAGAACCAUCACAGUCACGACAAAGGCGUUUAAGAUGCUGCAGCUUCUCAGCAGAAGCCUUGUGCAGCUUACAGAGUUGGUUGGAUAACAGUGGAAGCCGUUGAGUUAAGAGGAUUCUUCCUCUUUGGUUCGUUCGAAUGCUUUUUCUUCCUUCCUACUGUUUUUGGGUGGUUUUUCUAUACAUACAAUCGAAGAGGAUGGGCUCAGUUUGGUGGUUUUUUGUUGUAUUGGAAUUCUCUUGUAUCUCAUUCUAUUAGCUGUACAUAACAACUAAUUUCGAACUUGCUAAAUUCGCCAUUGAAACAUAUCAUUCUGGUCCUUUCAAGAUACAUAUGAUCAAUAAUUCGAUAUGAAUGUCUCUCUUUAAAGGAGGAAAUAGUCAUUAUUGAAAACUUAGGCUGAAAUGUUUGGGGUACUUACUGUCUCUAUAGUUGUCAAAUCAUAGCUACCAUUCGUAUGGAGCUAAGAAAAAUGAGACAACAGGGCUAGCUACUGUACCACCAGAUAGUCUUCUUCAUUCUCCUGUACUUCGUGACUCGAAGGUAAGUUAAAUUUUCGGAUUUAAUUAGGUAGCUGCAGAGCUAACACCAAAAUUCCCAGGAUCGGAUAUACUCAUCAUCAUCAUGAUGUUGAUAAAGUGGUAUGAUUUUGUUUGUUUUGGUAUAUCAGGUACUUCGACGUUUGGCUCCCUUUACCUGCUCUGCUGCAAGAAACGUUACCAAACACUUGAUCAUGACGACCAGGACCCCAACAUUAUUGAUACAGGUACUUCUGCUAUGUCGUAUGAGAGCCUUUUACCUCUGCACCUGUCAAGUAGUUGUUGACGUAGGAUUCAACCAGCUUGGCUCUUGGCUACGCGUUUUGUAUCCUUUGUUGUCCUCUGCAUAUUCCUAACUUGGGAUGUUGUUCUUUACGACUGCUCCAUCUCAGUCUAUUACACUCAGUAAGUUUGUGUUUUACUGAUUAAAUAUUACCAGAUUGAAGAAGAAACAGUUGUAGCACAGGGAGCAAUUAACUUUUGGACUUACCAGUUGCUGCAAAUUUCAUACCAGGUUUGUCUAUAAGCAACAAAUUCUUUGUAGGGUGAUGAGAAGAGAAGACUUGUCGUAAUUGGUAAAGUUGUUGUCAUACGAUCAAUAGUUGGUCACAGGUCGAGUUAUGGAAACAACCUCUUGUAGAUCAUCAUCAAAUUUCGUGCAUAUUAUUCCAAGGAGAUUUUUCCACUUAUUGGUUGUUAGUGGCUUUCAAAAAUUCAAUUUUCUCUUAGCCUUUGUCAAAUACUCCUUAGCUAGAAGGGAAAUUAUUUAGUGUACUAGUUUUCGCCUCUU